AUGAAAUUUAAUCCUGUGGCAGGCGAAGAGAAGGAAGAGACCGUGACGGAGGGAGAUUCUCCAACUCUACGGUCUGGUCUCAUUGAAACAAAUGCUAAUGAAAUGAUAGAGUGGUGCUAUAAAGCUGAAGACAAUCGCAUUGCUGAAAUCAAUGGAGGGACCAGAAGACCAUCUACAUUUGCAGGUGCUGAUGUGAGAUUCAGGAGCAAACUGAUGCUGGAUGAUAGAACUGGAGAUCUCACUAUCAGUAACGUCAGAACAAUUCACUCUGGACUCUAUAAACUAAACAUCAUCAGCAGCAGCAGAAGCAGAAGCACCAUAAAAACCAAACACAAGAGAUUCAAUCUUACGGUCAAUGUGAAGGAGGGAGUUUCUGUCCUUCUCCAGACUGUUGCUGAGAUUCAGACGGAUGAUCGCAUACUCCUAACAGAGUUUAUUGAAGAAAGUGAGGAUAAUGAAGAAUUGAGUGAAGAUGAGAAAGAUCAUGUCAAAACUGGAGAAAAACCUUUGAGUUGCUCUCAAACCAAACAUAAAGAUUUGAAGAAAAGAGCCAAGAAAUCUUUCACCUGCACUCAGUGUGGAAAGAGUUUGACAAGCAAACAUAAUCUUGAUAAACACAUGAACAGCCACACUGGAGAGAAACCUUAUAAGUGUUCACACUGUGACAAGCGAAUCAGUCAGUCAGGAAAUCUGAAAAUACAUGAGAGGAUCCACACUGGAGAGAAACCUUACACAUGUGAUCAGUGCGGGAAGAGUUUCACACAAUCAUCACAACUUAAGAGACACCGGAGAGUUCAUACAAAGGAGAAGCAACAUUCAUGUUAUUUGUGUGGAAAGAGUUUUUCACGUUUUUCAACUUUGAAAGAACAUCAGAAAAUGCAUACUGCUGUGAGAGAGUACAUGUGCUUUGAGUGUGAAAAGACUUUUACUUUAGCGAGCCGUUUAAAACAGCAUGAGAGGAUUCACUCUGGAGAGAAACCUUACAAGUGUUCACACUGUGACAAGAGAUUCAUUCAGUCAUCAAAUCUGAAAACACAUGAGAGGAUCCACACUGGAGAGAAACCUUUCCCCUGCACUCAGUGUGGAAAGAGUUUUACAAACAAACAACAUCGUGUUGAUCACAUGAGAGUUCAUACUGGAGAGAAGCUAUUCACUUGUGAUCAGUGCGGGAAGAGUUUCACUGUUAAAAGUCACCUGAAGAUACACAUGAGGAUCCAUGCAGUGGAGAAACCAGACCACCGCAGUCUGAAAUCACGUGCGGACCUCAUAGUGGUGAAAACCCUGCUGAGCCGGUCAGGACGUUUCGCCGUGGACCUUGGACCUCGCAUCACACUUCCCAUUAAUGAGAGGUAA